AUGCGGACGAUCAAGAGUAACCUGCCGAUUGGUAAGAGCGGCUGGGGAGUUCUGUUCACAUCCCGGCAAGCCGUGGGCGUGAGCCCUACGAAAAUGGACGGGGGAUCCAGUUCUGCAAAGUUGGUCCGCAACUUCGAGACCUUGGGCCGCAAAGAUGUCGGCCUGGUGGGUGGGAAGAACUCAUCACUGGGGGAGAUGAUCUGCGCCCUGAAGCCAAAGGGCAUUGCUGUACCUGCAGGUUUUGCGACUACCUCGCAUGCAUACUGGCAUUAUGUUGAGGCCAAUAACAUCCGGGACAAAAUGACCGCCCUGAUCGCAGAAUGGGAGUCAAAGAAAGCUACUCUAUCAGAAACAGGCCACGCGGUACGCAAUCUCUUCAUCCGUGGAUCUUGGCCACCAGAUGCAGCAAAAGCCAUUAAAGAUGCCUACCGUGAGCUAUCGGCCAGCGCGAAUAUGGAAAAUUUGAGCGUGGCGGUGCGGUCUUCCGCGACGGCGGAGGAUCUCCCGGACGCAAGCUUCGCUGGACAGCAGGAAUCCUAUCUGAACAUCUGCGGGGAGGAAGCCCUUUUGGAUGCGUGCCGACGCUGCUAUGCGUCGCUUUUCACAGACCGUGCAAUCAGCUACCGUCGAACCAAGGGGUUCGACCAUAUGAGCGUUGCGUUGUCGAUUGGUGUGCAGCGUAUGGUUCGAUCUGAUGCCUGCGGGUCUGGGGUCAUGUUCUCCAUCGAUACCGAGAGCGGUUUCGACAAGGUAGUGCUCAUCAAUGCGGCCUGGGGACUGGGUGAGAAUAUUGUCCAGGGAACGGUCAACCCCGACGAAUACCAAGUCUUCAAGCCCCUGUUAGACGACAGCCAGCUGGUUCCCAUCAUCGAAAAGAAGCGCGGAGACAAGGAAAAGAAGAUGAUCUAUGGAAAUGACGAUGACUCGCUGCACCCAACGCGGAAUGUGCCGACCUCCAAGCUGGAGAGAGAGUCGUUCGUGCUCUCUGACCAGGAUAUCCUUCAGUUGGCAUGCUGGGCGUGUACUAUCGAACAGCACUAUGGCUGCGCCAUGGACAUGGAAUGGGCCAAGGACGGCAUCACCAACGAGUUGUUCAUCGUUCAAGCGCGUCCUGAAACGGUUCACUCACAGCGCCGGGAUACGGCCGUCUUCAAGACCUACAAGGUCCAUAAGAAGGGGCCUCUUCUCACCACUGGCCUUUCCAUCGGCGAUGCCGCUGUCGCUGGACGGGUGUGCCUUAUCGAAGCCGCCAAGGAUAUCGACCAGUUCAUUCCUGGCUCCAUCCUAGUGACGGCGGGUACUGAUCCAGAUUGGGUGCCCAUCAUGAAAAAGGCUGCCGCUCUCAUUACCGAUCAUGGCGGGCGUACUUCGCACGCUGCAAUCGUCAGUCGGGAGUUGGGCCUACCCGCGAUUGUAGGCACCGGCAAUGCAACCUACAUCCUCCACACGGGUCAGGAUGUCACUGCGUCUUGUGCCGAAGGCGACAAUGGCUUCGUGUAUGCCGGCAUAUCCGAGAUCACGACUCAGACGGUCGAUCUUACGGGGCUGCCUGCUGUGAACACCAAUGUCAUGCUGAACCUCGCGAACCCUGCCGCCGCGUACCGUUGGUGGCGGUUACCAGCGGACGGCAUCGGACUGGCACGGAUGGAGUUUGUCGUCACCAACGCAAUCCAAGUUCACCCCAUGGCGCUAGUCCACUUUGACGAGCUCAAGGAUGAGGAAGCCAAGAAAUCUAUUUCCCGUCUGACCACUGGGUACGCCCACAAACCGGACUACUUUGUCGACAAGCUAUCCCGCGGGUUCGCAGCCCUCUGUGCGGCGGUGUACCCAAAGCCAGCGAUCAUUCGUAUGAGCGACUUCAAGACCAAUGAGUAUGCAGGUCUGAUCGGCGGCGCCGAAUUCGAACCCAAGGAGGAGAACCCCAUGAUCGGGUUCCGGGGUGCGUCCCGAUACUACUCGCCGAACUACAAAGAAGGAUUUGCAUUGGAGUGUCGCGCAAUCCACCGGCUCCGAGAGACGAUGGGCUUUACCAAUGCCAUCGUCAUGAUUCCCUUCUGCCGCACCGUCGGAGAAGCCAAGAAAGUGCUGGAUGUGAUGGCGGAAAACGGUCUCCGGCGCGGCGAGAACGGGCUCCAGGUCUAUGUGAUGUGCGAGAUCCCGUCGAAUGUCAUCUUGGCCGAGGAGUUCACGCAGCACUUUGAUGGCUUUUCGAUCGGCUCGAAUGACCUUACGCAGCUGACCCUGGGGGUGGACCGUGACUCGGGGGAGCUGUCGGACUUGUUCAAUGAGCAGGAUGAGGCAGUGAAGUGGAUGAUUGCGAGGGUCAUCUCCGUGGCUCGAAAGAACGGUUGCAAGAUUGGUAUUUGUGGACAGGCGCCCAGCGAUCAUCCGGAAUUUGCAAAGUUCCUGGUCGAGGCUGGAAUUAAUUCGAUAUCUGUCAGUCCUGACAGCUUUGUAGCGGUGAAGAAGAACGUGGUUGCAGCUGAGAGGGGGCAGUGA